UCAGUCUAAGCUCAACACUUAGGUUGCAGCAUUAUGACGUAGGGAAAGCCUAUAGCCUUAGUGUGCACUGGUCUCUAAAAUGGCGCCUCCUAAACGCUAUCCCAAGUCGAACCGGCGCAAGGACGGCCUAAGGCUUGUUGCUAGAGACCACGCUACUGCGCUGCUGAAGAAGCCGGCUGCCUAUUACGACGACAGCCUGAAUGUCACUUGGGGCAGCCAAGACCAGUAUGAGGUCAUUAAGCAGCUAGGCAAGGGCAAAUAUGGCGAGGUGUAUGAGGGUAUCAACCUUCGGCUGGCUUCCCGAGACAAGGACCGCGUCUGCGUCAUAAAAGUGAUGCGCCCCGUGAAGGAGCACCGGCUGCGGCGCGAGGUGAAGAUCCUGCAGCACGUGAGCGGCGGCCCCAACAUCGUGCGGCUGCUGGACAUUGUGCGUGACCCGGACACCAAGACGCCCUCCUUCGUGUUUGACUUCGUGGACGCCAUGCCCUUCAAAGAGCUGCAGGCCGCGGUGACGGACCUGGAUGUGCGCUACUACAUCUUCCAGCUGCUCAUUGCGCUGGACUACUGCCACUCGCGCGGCAUCAUGCACAGGGACGUCAAGCCGGGCAAUGUGCUGAUCGACCACGCCAAGCGGCAGCUCAAGCUCAUCGACUGGGGCCUGGCGGACUUUUACACGCCCGGCAAGGAGUACCCGGUGCGUGUGGCCACGCGCUUCUACAAGGGGCCGGAGCUGCUGGUGGACAUCAAGGACUACACGUACAGCCUGGACGUGUGGGGUGUGGGCUGCAUGCUGGCGGCGCUGGUGUUCAAGAAGCCCGUGUUCUUCAGGGGCGAGGACGAGUUCGACCAGCUGGUCAAGGUGGUCCGUGUGCUGGGCACAGACGGGCUGUAUGCCUACUGCGACAAGUACGGGGUGGAGCUGGACCCGCGGCUGGCACAGCUGUGCGGAUUCAGGCCGCGUGUGCCGUGGCGCAAGUUCGUGACGGGCGACAACGGCCACCUGGCCUCGCCCGAGGCCUUUGACCUGCUGGACCGCCUGCUGCAGUACGACCACCACGAGCGGCUCACAUGCCAGGAGGCGCUGCAGCACGGCUACUUUGACCCGGUGCGCGAGGGCCUGCCCGGCUUCAAGCCGCUGCCCGAGCCCAUGGUGACCAUGCUGGCGCAGCUGGAGGCGCGGCGGAGGCAGCAGCAGCAGCAGCAGGCGGGCGCGGCGGGGGGGAGCGGAGGCGGCGCCGACGGCGGAGAGGCGGGUCCGUCGGGCUCAGGAGGAGGUGGAGGUGGAGGCAGCGGAGGAGGAGGAGGAGGCGCGGGGCCGGCGGGGCCAGGGCGGCAGCAGCUGGUGCAGGCGGGCGCGGGGAUACAAGAGGAGGCGGAAGCGGAGGAGGGGCCACCGCUUGGCUUGCGGGGGCCGCCCGCGGCGACACGAUCGGCCAAGGAGACAGCGGUGCUGGCCUAGGCGCUCGGAAAUCAGCUGCAGGCGUGUGGGUGCAUAGCUCGGUGACGAGUGUGGUGGUGCCAGUGACGGCUGCGCGGCAGACGCGCCGGAGGAAUGAAGCUUGGGGGCCGACAGCUCCUGCUGUCGUCCGGUUUGGUUUGCGGCGCGUGUCUGGAUGACAAAAGGGGAUGUUGCAACGUCACCCAUUCACGGAUGAGGACACAAACGAUUGACGCGCGUUGAUGUGUGUGCUUGGCAUAUGCUUUCUACGCUUCGCCGACCUUACGUGUUGUUUUGGUGGCGUGCCAAGUGAUGCAACUCUAAGUUUGCCUUCGGCAGCUGCUUGUUACCAGGCUGGGAGCGCUUGUGCGGGUUGCGGCGUGUGCCCCCUGUGCGCGCUUGUGGUUGCGGUAUCCUGAUACUGCUAGGGGUGCUGCAUGCAGCUCGCUGAGUGACUGAGCUUGCCGACACCAGGCCUGUUGCUGCUGCAGUUUGACUUGUUUCAUGUGAGAUGUGCCCUCUGCAACGAGUCGCGCAGUACGCUUGCACAGCUGUUGCGAGAAUGUCCGUGGCGCGGCUCUUGUGGAAAGUGAGUCGUCUGGUUGAUUGGUAGAUUGCGCCUGUUUAUGGCCUGAGUGCCUUUAGUAGUUAAGGUGAUAUAAAUAGUAUCCCGGGUGUUCAUGUGGGUGUGGUGCUCUCGUGCUCUGUGACGUCAGUCGGUUUGUCGUGUUGAUGCUCCCAUGUGGAUUCGUAGUGUCAUGGAGUUUUGCGCGUGUUGCCUUGGCGUUUCGUACAGUUUUGUUUCCGUGCCUACAUACCGUACUGUUACAAGUGCAGAGGACCUGCAUGUUUCUGUGGGGGUGAACCAGGUCUGGUUGAUGUGGGAUGGGCAUGCGGCACGCGUGGUGUUGUUGCUGCGGGCCUGUUGUUAGAGCUCAGCGCCGCCCACCUAAGAGCUGCCAACGCGCACGCGGCGUGUGUUGUACGGGGUCAAGGUGCAGCCAUCAUGGUCAUAGGACCGCGCUGCGUGACUGUUGGUAUGACUGCGGUACCAAGAGCUGGUUAGUUGGGGUGUCGUGUUCAUGACUUACAGACGCUAACAGGCGUAUGGUUGUAGACGGUUGAACUGUAUUUGGGGGUUACAGCGGAAUAAGGCGUGGCAGUGUGAGGCUACUAAGGCCUUACAUGGAAUAAUGGGAUGUCGCCACACUGACCGCAACAAACACGUGCUUUACAUACAUCGCACGCUCAUUGCUCAUGGGGAAUGCAUGUGUAGACUGUCUUUGCCAGGGGCACCCCUGGUCUUUCAUUCAGUCGUUGUAAGGACA